AUGUUGGAUUACGCAGAAAGCCCUCCGUCGCUUCGCCACUCGCCGUCUCCGAGUGACUUGUCGCAGGGCCUCUCCCGAGAUUCCACGCCUAUCACACCGCUGUCAGCUCCAUUGGUCUUUAGGAAGGACACCUCUUUUUCCUGGCUGAGCAGACCGCGCAAGUCGCCCUUUGCAGUCGAGCCUGCCAUUCUCGAGCCAGAUUUUGACAACGAUACGUACCCAACAUUUGCGACACCCGAGACCUCGAUGGCCGGCGCUGCUGCACCGGUCAGUCUACGUCAAACAUCCACAUCGCCACGCGGCAAUCAACCCUCUUCCUUGACGUCGGCAUUGAGACGAGAGCCCAACGGCGAUUUAAGCAGCUUGGAGGGCAUGAGCAUUGACCACGCAAGACCCACACCACAUUUCCAACCCGAGCAGAUCAUGGACAGCCAAAGAACCGAAGCGGGUGCCCGCCCAAUAUCUGUAAAAGGCCGAUCGAGUGAUAAGAUGCGACGAGAGAGCCUAGCGCAGAGUCUAGGGACGGGCAUGAGUUGGGGAGGUGUCUCAGUCAACAGCUGGGUUAGAGACGAAAUGAUGAUGGCAGGCACAUCGCCUUUCGCGUUCCAAUCUCCUUCGUACCACUCUUCAUCCUACCUCCCCAAAAUUGAAGCCAACUUCAUGAAAGAUUUCUCGUGUUGUGGGCUGACGCUGCCAACCCUGCACGAACUUCUACAACACUAUGAAGAAGCGCACGCUCAGAAGGAUCCCGUGGCUAUGCAGGCUUCACAGCCAGUGGUACCAGACACCCGAGCAGCACUCGCAGCCAAUGCCGCUAGUCAGAUCCAGCAAGAGGCUCAGCAACGGAACAUUCAGAAUUCGAGCCUCAACACGCCUGUUAUGCAGCAGCCGCACCAGAUGAACCAGCAAAGAGGCUUUCCAAAUACACUGCAGCCACUACCUGACAUUAACUCAGUUGAUGAUAUGGACAUGGACAUGGAUGACGGCAACGACAGCACCCCACCAUCGAAUAUGUUCACCCACGGCUCAGCAACAACCUCACCUCGAAACCCGAUGGCCACCAUGCAGCCGGCUCAAAUCCCACAGCUGAACACUACAAUGAUGCAAGGCCACCAGCAGUAUCGUCAAUCUGCGCCUUCCACUCCCAUUGCCACAAGCCGAGGGCCAGCCUUUAAUAACGCGCCUUUGUCGGCGAAUCCCAUGCAGCAAUUCCAGGACCUGCAGAACCCAUACAGGCAGACACCUGACUCAUCAGCCCCAGGUACACCAGGCGAGCUAGACGAGAGCAUGAUGGCUCAGAUGGACGAUCUGUCGUUCCAGAACCAGCUAUACGGAUCUGACGCCUUUGCCACUAAUUUCGGUUACGGCAUGAAUAACGACAUGCUCGAGCUUUGCAUUGAUGAACCGGCAAAGCGACUCUUCCAACAGGGCCGACCGAACCAGAUUUCGAAUGGUUCAAGCAAUACUCAUAACCGCCUUGGUAGCGGACAAUACGGCGCCAACAGCGAUAUUGCUCGUACUAUUAGACAGGCACAGGUCGCAGCUGGUCUGCCAGACACAACGACGAAUAUUGGCCCCAACGAGGAAUCCAAGCCUUUCAGGUGUCCAGUCAUUGGCUGCGAGAAAGCUUACAAGAAUCAGAAUGGUCUCAAGUAUCACAAAUCCCAUGGCCACAACAAUCAACGUCUGCAUGAGAACGGAGACGGUACCUUCUCGAUAGUCAAUCCUGACACGCAGGCACCGUAUCCUGGUACACAGGGCAUGGAGAAGGAGAAGCCAUACAAGUGUGACGUCUGCCAAAAGAGGUACAAAAACCUCAACGGACUCAAAUACCACAAACAGCACUCUCCACCAUGCAAUCCAGAUCUGCAGCCAGGAGGGAUAUCAGCGUCUGCCACUGCGGGGUCCUCUCAGGGUAUGGGUAAUGUCGGAGCCGGGCUCUCGAUUGACCACACCAUGAGCUGA